GCACGUCACGUCACGCCGCUCGCGCCGCGUCGUUUUCGCACCCGGGGACCAGGCUCGGGCGCUCGGCUCCGUCCUCCCCCACAUCCACCUGCCCGUUUCUCGCUCCGAAGCUUCUCCUCUCGCGUCUCGUACCAGGUCAGGAGGGGAGGGAGGGAGACGGGAGAACCAGGGAGCGGAGGCGUGCGUGCUGCGGCCUGCGGCCUGCAGGACCAGAGAUCGGGGACUGAGCUAGGGUCUGGGACUGGGAGGCGGAGAUGUCGACGCCGGCGAGGAAGCGCCUGAUGCGGGACUUCAAGCGGUUGCAGCAGGACCCGCCCGCCGGCAUCAGCGGCGCGCCGCACGACAACAACAUCAUGCUCUGGAACGCCGUCAUAUUCGGGCCGGAUGACACGCCGUGGGACGGAGGCACGUUCAAGCUGACUCUGCAAUUUACAGAAGAUUACCCCAACAAACCUCCGACUGUUCGGUUUGUUUCGAGGAUGUUUCACCCAAACAUUUAUGCGGAUGGAAGCAUCUGUUUGGACAUCCUACAAAACCAGUGGAGUCCUAUAUACGAUGUUGCGGCAAUAUUGACCUCUAUUCAGUCCCUGCUGUGUGACCCAAACCCAAAUUCUCCUGCCAACUCUGAAGCAGCCAGAAUGUUCAGCGAGAACAAGCGUGAGUACAACCGCAAAGUUCGUGAGGUUGUGGAGCAGAGCUGGACAGCUGAUUAAAACUUUAGAGCUGGACAGCCGAUUAAAACUUUAUUGGCUUCACCAGAUGGUGCAGAUAAGCAUCCACCUUUCCUAGGUUCCUAGGUCUGUUUUAUUGACUUAACCGUUAAAAAUCCCCAGGUAUCGUUGUGUUCUUGUGGUUCAGUCCCCUGUUGUAUUGCUGCCUGCCGGUUUUCCUAAUAUAGUGGUGAACGGUUUCAUG